AUGAACGAAAACUUAUUCGCCUCUUUCGUAGUCCCAACGAUAAUGGGACUACCCAUUGUAAUUCUUAUCGUGAUAUUCCCCACCCUACUAUUCCCAUCACCUGGCCGUCUAAUUACAAACCGACUCAUCUCAAUUCAACAACAAAUAACCAACCUAAUCCUAAAACAAAUAAUAAUCAUUCACAGCCCCAAAGGACGCACCUGGUCCCUAAUACUAAUUUCACUCAUCACAUUCAUUGGAUCGACAAACCUCCUGGGACUGCUCCCCUACUCAUUCACCCCAACCACCCAACUUUCUAUAAACCUAGGAAUGGCCGUUCCACUAUGAGCCGGAACAGUAAUUAUAGGCUUACGCCACAAGACCAAAACAUCACUAGCCCAUUUCCUACCACAAGGCACUCCAAUUCCCCUGAUUCCCAUACUAGUGAUUAUCGAGACAAUAAGCUUAUUUAUCCAACCCACAGCUCUAGCCGUACGACUUACAGCAAAUAUCACCGCGGGACAUCUCAUCAUACACCUCAUUGGUAACGCCACACUAGCACUAAUAUCCAUCAGCCCUACAACAGCCUUUAUCACCUUCAUCAUUCUGAUCGCGCUAACAGCCCUUGAAUUUGCAGUAGCACUAAUUCAAGCGUACGUGUUCACUCUCCUAGUCAGCCUUUACCUACACGACAACACUUAA